ACCAAGGCCCCGUAUAAAAGGAAUAAGAAAUCUUUACUCUGUGCUCAAAUCCUCUUGCAAUAAAGGCCACUAUAAUAUUUGCUUCCUAAUUACCUGUUGCAGUUUUCAGUGAUUGUGGGUUGGUCUGUAUCCUCCCCUUCCUUUUUCAGAUUUUUUUUUAAAGCAUUCGGUCAAUUGCACCAAUAUCACCUCAAGGGCUCUGUGUCAAGUUGUCUGAUAAUACUCCAGUCAGCCUUUGUAAAUUGCCAUCCUGUUCUACACCCUGUACUUUUAUCUUUACAGUAGCCGCCGGCACAAAACAGGUGCAAAGCUCCUCAACUACAGAGGAGCCAAACUUUUAUCUCAAUGCAACAUUUACAACUUUCACAUGGCCAGGCGCCAGGUAGUCUUAACGUCAAGUGAGCCAAGCUCCCAGAACGCCUCCUUCAGCACUCCGUAUUAGCAUUGUGGUUGGACAGGUUGUCUGCUGCAGUACCCAUCGGUCGUGGGUAGACGGCGCAGUCGAGCAUUUCCUGGGCCUGGGAGCUGUCAAUCAACUGCUGACGGACGGGGACGAUGAGGCGAGCGGCGACGGUGGGCUUGGGCGUCGUGUUGCAGGGCGUCCGGCGCAACGCGGUCAGGAGUAAUAAUUUAAUAAGGAAAAAACCCAGACUGGCAGAAAUUGGUACCAACAGUGCCUCAGAUUCAAGGGAUUCAUACUUAGCGGUGCAGUGUACUGACUUGAAGAAGCCAUUAGAGAUCCAGCAAUUGCCUUCAGUUGCCCUCAAACCUACCGAGGUGCGAGUGGAUGUUCAAUGCUGCGGUGUGAACUUUGCUGACAUUCUGAUAUGCCAGGGACUGUAUCAGCAGCGACCACAGCUCCCCUUCACUCCAGGAAUGGAGUUCACAGGAUCAGUGAUAGAAGUUGGUACAAAUGUCACAGGGGUUUCCAAGGGAGACCGAGUGAUAGGCGUGAGUUCCCUUGGGGCAAUGGCAGAACAGUGCAUUGUUAACCAUAAGAUGCUGUGGCCAAUUGAUGAGAAGAUCUCUUAUGAGGUGGCGACUGUGUUACCGGUAUCAUACGGCACAGCGAUCCUGGCUCUGAAGCACCGAGCAAAGACACAGCCAGGGGAGACUCUUCUGGUGACGGCGGCAGCUGGUGCAGCAGGACUUGCAGCUGUGGACGUCGCAUCUCACAUCCUAGAUGCCAAGGUCAUAGCAGCUGCAGGAACAGAUAAGAAGUGUGAACUGGCAGUUCAAAGAGGUGCUGUAGCAGCCAUCAAUUAUACCACACAGAGCCUGAAGGAGGAGGUGAAAAAAUUAACUGGAAACAAAGGAGUGGAUGUGGUGUUUGAUGCUGUGGGAGGAGAUGUAUUCAAGGAAGCUUUCAGCAGCUUGUCCUGGGAAGGAAGGAUUGUGGUGGUCGGUUUUGCUGGGGGAAAUAUACCAACUGUGCCAGCUAACCAACUGCUGCUGAAGAACGUGGCGGCCAUGGGUGUUUACUGGGGAAAAUAUCAAGAUGUGGAUUACCCAGUCUUCUCCAGAUCCAUUAUGUCUGUGAUUCAAUUCUGCAAAGAGGGAAGAAUUAGACCUCGUGUCGGUGCGGUCUUUAAAAUGCAACAGGUAAAUGAAGCUUUCCAACAUGUGUUGCAGCGCAAAUCCAUUGGGAAGGUCAUCAUAACCAUGAAUUGAACUGAAGAGAAAAUCCAGGAAAAAGCUGGACUAGAAAGUAAUAUACUGGCCUCAUAUUGAAAUACAUAAAAAUAUUAUCUGCUGGUAACUCAUUUUGCCUUAAAAGGCUAAAUUUUAUUAGAAAUUCUUUAAAAAUAUAGUACACUAAUAGUUUUAUAUUUUACACAACCUUUUUAAGGUAUAUAAUUAUAAAAGCUGAUUCUUAUUGAUCAUGAGAUCAAUAAUAUAUGGUGAUGUUAUUCCAAUGUGAUUUGUAAUGGAAUGGUGUGGAACACACUAGAUUGAUAAUGCAUCAAAAGCCAAACAGUAACUCCCUCCACCAACUGCAGUGUGUACCAGCUACAGGAUAUGCUGCAGUUACUUGCCUAGGCUACUUUGAUAGCAUCUUCCAAAUCUCUUUUACCUAAGGCAGCAGAUGAAUAUGAACACCAUCACCUGCAGCCUCCCCUUCAAAUUGCUCAUCAUAUUGUCUUGGAAAUAUCGCUGGCUCCUGACUGCAAUGGCUCAAAAAGGCUCGCUACCAUCUUCUCAGAGGCAGUUGAGGAUGGGAAGUAAAUUAAUGCUAUAUUUGUAAGCCUACAGCUUUCAGUUGGUAAUAUGUUAUCAAAACAGCAAAUUAAAAUUCAGCAGCUACUUUGCUGAUGAUGAGUAACAUUAAACAGUGGAUGUCAAAAUCAGUUUUAAUAAACUAAUCUACUGCAAAAUUAUUAACGACACAUUCAUUUCCUUUUAAGUAUGCUUGUCUCAAUCACCAGGGAGCCCUUGUAGAUGAACAGUUUGAUUAAAUUUCAGAUUUUUUAAAACUAAAUUAUUUUUCUAGUGAACAUGUGGCAGGUAAAAACUGUGGGGUUCUCAGUAUAAGUCGGGGAAAUCUGAAGAAGUCUACACUACUUUUGUGGACUCCACAAGGAUGAGGGAUGAGAAGUCCACUGGUGCAAUACAUGUCUCCUUGGGCUGACACUUAAUUGGGAGCAGAAGGCUGAAGUUCAGCCUGCUGCCCCAGAGUCCCAAGCUUCUGCCAGCUGAAUACUUAAAAGCUAUCAGAUAUAAGUUACUCUUUCUGGAUGGUUGCUAAUAAAAUUUCUGGGAGAAAUCCUGCAGAAAGCCAGUGAGCAGCUACAAAUAUAACACAUGUUCAUUUACCAUUGAUCAUAAAAUCUAGCUGCUUAAAUGGCACAUCACAGAUGCUGAGCCUCCCUUCACCAAUUUUCUGGGGAAUUACCAUUGACCGUAAACUCAGAUGGAUUAGCCACGUAAGUAUUGUGGCUACUAAAGCAGCUAAGAGGUUCUAUAUCUUGUGGCAAAUGGAUACCAUUUGCUUCUGUAAAGCCUGUCCAUCGUCUACAGAUAUUCAGGGAGGUGAGGCUUUUCUCUCUAAUGUUUAGAUGAGUACAGCUACCAACAACACCCAAGCUCAACAUUAUCCUGGACAAAGCAGCUCACUUGAUUCGCAUCCUGUCCACGACACUCUCUCCACCUAAUUCAUUGUAACUGCUGCACUAACCAUUUACAAAAUGAGCCGCAGUUACUCAUCAAGGCUUCUUCAAUAGCAUGUCCCAAACUUUUGACCUUGACCUUGACCAACUAGAAGGUCAGGGGCAGCAGACACCUGGGGAAACUACCACUCGCAGCUAUUCCCCCAAGUCGCAUGCACUGCUGACUUGGAAAUGUAUCACCAUUCCUUCUGUCACUGGAUCUAAAUCCUGGAACUCCCUAUGCAACAACACUUGGAGUAUCAUAACCAGAAGGACUGCAUCAGUUGAAGAAACUGGAUCAUCACCACCUUCUGAGGUAAUUAGGAAUGGAUAAUAAAUGUUGGGCUUUUCCAGCAAAGCCAGAAUUCCAUAAAUCAAAAGAAUGC